AUGGCAGUAGACCUGUACUACUUCGUGUGCCACCCACUACACUACCAUGAAAAAGUCACCACAAGACGUGUGGUCGUUGGCAUCUUGGCGUUUAGAGCCUUCUCCUUCCUCGGACUUACGCCUGUGGCCUUUGGCGCACGCCAAGUCCCCACGUACAGCCUGCAUUGUGAGAUGACCACAGUUCCUGGGAACAGCACCUUACCUGACAUUUUCAUAGGCAUGAACGCACUAUUCGUAUUACUUGUUGUUCUCUCCGUCACAGUGAUAUACUACCUUGUCUUCAAGGAAGCCAGAAGGCAGCAGGAACGAGACGAGAACCGUGACCUGUGGGUGUUCCAGACCAGGGCGUUCAAAGUGAUGCUGCCGCAUGCUAUCGUGUUGGCUGCAUCUCUAACCACUGCCCUUUUCCAUGUAGCCAUGGUACGUAUGCGAGCUCUGAUCAGCGAAGAGCAGAUGUCCCAACGUGCCCUGAUCAUCGCUGACCGCACGGCCAUCCUCCUGCUCCUGACGCUAUCAUCCCUGGCGAACCCAUUCAUCUACAGCUUCCGGCUGCCAGAGUUCCGCCGAGCCUGCAGGGAGCUGUGCGGAUUGCGGACCAACCCUAACCCGCCGGUGGUACCGGCGCGACGGGUUCGGCAGGACGGCGCGGAGAUGGCCGCCGUCACCGGUCCUAGGCGGCGCGGUGCACCGGCCACGCAACUGGCGUCAGUUCAAACCUCUCCAGCGGGCCUGAUCAUGCAGCCCACGGUGGAGGAACUGCCUUCCGACCCAGCAGAAAAGCAGGCAACACAGGCAGACACGACCGUCCCCGGACCAGCCUCCCGUGCAGAACACCAGACCGCCUCAGGGCGACUGUUCCGGCUAACAGUGAGGGCGGAGGUGCACGCCAAGCCAACACCACGUCCUGAAGACAACAUGACGGUAACCCUUCCCGGACAAGUACACACGGAUGCCGAAACAGAAGACGUCCCUACACUUACACUGGACACCGAGAACAACCAGGCAACAACAGGACACACUUCGGACCGCCCGCUUGUGCGUGCAAAGUUAGCAUGGGAGGGCUAGGUACAAGCCAUUGCAACAAAG